UCUGCAUUGCGUUGUACACAUAGUUUCAAUUGGUUGUUUGUCCCUUUUUGUGAAUUCUUGGUUGGUGAGCUGACCCCAGACCUCACAACCAUAGAGGGCAAUAACAGGUUGAAGUAUUUUUAGCCAGACCCUCAUUGGGAUGUUGAGUUUAAUGUUCCUUUUUAUGGCAUAAAAGGCCCUUCUUGCCUUGUCUCUUAGACCGUUCACUGCCUUGUGUUUGUUACCUGUGUUGUUCCUGUUUAGGCCGAGGUAUGUAUAGUUUGUGUGCUCCAGGGCAACGGUGUCUAGAUGGAAUUUGUAUUUGUCGUCCUUGGUUGGGGACAGAUCUAGGUGCUGCUGUAGGCCCUCCUUGGUUGGGGACAGAUCUAGGUGCUGCUGUAGGCCCUCCUUGGUUGGGGACAGAUCUAGGUGCUGCUGUAGGCCCUCCUUGGUUGGGGACAGAUCUAGGUGCUGCUGUAGGCCCUCCUUGGUUGGGGACAGAUCUAGGUGCUGCUGUAGGUCCUCCUUGGUUGGGGACAGAUCUUGGUGCUGCUGUAGGUCCUCCUUGGUUGGGGACAGAUCUUGGUGCUGCUGUAGGUCCUCCUUGGUUGGGGACAGAUCUAGGUGCUGCUGUAGGCCCUCCUUGGUUGGGGACAGAUCUAGGUGCUGCUGUAGGCCCUCCUUGGUUGGGGACAGAUCUAGGUACUGCUGUAGGUCCUCCUUGGUUGGGGACAGAUCUAGGUGCUGCUGUAGGUCCUUCUUGGUUGGGGACAGAUCUAGGUGCUGCUGUAGGUCCUCCUUGGUUGGGGACAGAUCUAGGUGCUGCUGUAGGUCCUCCUUGGUUGAGGACAGAUCUAGGUGCUGCUGUAGGUCCUCCUUGGUUGGGGACAGAUCUAGGUGCUGCUGUAGGUCCUCCUUGGUUGGGGACAGAUCUAGGUGCUGCUGUAGGACCUCCUUGGUUGGGGACAGAUCUUGGUGCUGCUGUAGGUCCUCCUUGGUUGGGGACAGAUCUAGGUGCUGCUGUAGGUCCUCCUUGGUUGGGGACAGAUCUUGGUGCUGCUGUAGGUCCCCCUUGGUUGGGGACAGAUCUAGGUGCUGCUGUAGGCCCUCCUUGGUUGGGGACAGAUCUAGGUGCUGCUGUAGGCCCUCCUUGGUUGGGGACAGAUCUAGGUGCUGCUGUAGGUCCUCCUUG